AAUCAACGGAAACACUGAUUCCUUUCAUGGCAUCUACUUCAUGACAUGUUUAUUAUUUCAGUGUACACUCUCCACUGUGUUGCUGAUUCAGCUUGUCUGCUGCGGAACCAGUGCGAAGGUCUGCAAUGAAUCAAGAUGUACUUUGUGUAAAAGUGGCACAUGCGAGGAGUGUUUGUAUGGGUACUGGGGGUACCAGUGUGAACACGCCUGUGUCAGCUGCUGGUUGGGGGGCUGCCAUAAACUGACAGGGCGGUGUCAUCAGUGUCUUCCUGGACGAUACACCGAGGGUUGUGACACACUCUGCCCCUCUACCUGCCGUCUAAGCUACGACAACGUGAGGAACUGUCACCGGACCAGCGGCAAGUGUCUGGAAGGAUGUGCUGAAGGAUGGUGGGGGUCCACGUGUAACGAAACGUGCGGUCAAGGAUGUAAGAAGAAGGCUUGUUACCAGGAGGACGGCGUCUGCAUAUCUGAUUGUAUGGAAGGGUGGCAUGGACGUAAAUGUGAUAAACAUAACUGUCUGAAUAAACACAAGUCUGGCCGGUGCAUUGAUGGCUGCAAGGAUGGUUGGACAGGUGAAGUCUGCAGCGAGAGGUGUGGCGCUGACUGCAUGAAAUGCCAUCGGUACUCCUCAGUAUCGUGCCUCAUGUGCAAAGCAGGGCUUUACGGCACCGACUGCCAGUCUGAGUGUUCGGCGAACUGCGUGAACACUACAUGUAACAUGGCAGGAAAGUGUGAAAAUGGUUGUAUGACUGGAUUCCACGGCAAGAAAUGCGAGAUGGCGUGUCCGUACAGAUGUCUUGACUGUGACCAGACUUCGGGCACCUGCAGAAGGUGCGAGAUCGGAUGGACGGGCCCCCAGUGUAUCGAUCUGCCGGUCUCCUAUGCUACUUACCAGCCAGAUACACCAGAGUUAACGAAUGGCUGCAACCAAAUGGCAGAGGUUAAAUUAACAACAAUUGCGAUGGUGUUGUCAGCAGUUCAUCACAUGAGCAGCGUCCUUGAACGUUAAAAGUUGCCAGUGUAUUAGCAUACAUAAUGGGUUAUAUUUUAAAAAACAACAAUGCAAACUUAGGUAAUUUGCCAUCUCAGUGGCACAAAACUAUAUCCAUUUUUGAGAUAUCCGUGAGAUAGCGAUCUUGGGUUUGGAUACAUUUACCAUCCAUUUGCACAAAGUGAUAAUAUGUCGAGAUUAUCUUGACAAUCAAAUAAUAAUGACGUUUAAGAGUGGGUCUGUUUCAAAGGAAUAAUGUGUACCACAUUUAAGGAUUGCGUUCAUUUUCUGUGUGAUUCAAACGACCCAGUGGCAACUCAGAGAAGGACUUAUCACGUGAAGGAACAACAAAACGAUAACUUACAAUGUAAUUUCCUCCCGACCCCAUAAUUAGAGAACUGUAGUAUGGCCUACAUUUUAAUGGGUUAAAGACAUAACACAUUGUUAGAUGUUAGCUAAUGUAUGUACCCGUUAUACACCAUAUACCACCAAGUUAUCUCCGAUUGAUCUAUAUUGUGCUCUUAUUUUAUUUUUCUUGAAUAUUAAUAAAGUUAAGCUGAGUUAUUGUUU